AACCAAGUGAAGAUGUCAUCGUUAAGGAGCAUUCCGGACACAUUUUCUGGUGCCGAUGUAUUCAUCACCGGUGGAUCCGGAUUCAUGGGUAAAGUGCUGAUCGAGAAGCUGCUUCGAUCAUGUCCGGGUGUGGGAAAAGUGUUCGUUCUAAUUAGAGAGCGUCGAGGAAAGACGGGAUCCGAUCGGAUUGACGAAUUGGUUAAGGUUCCGUUAUUCGAUGUGAUUCGUCAAAAUUGUCCUAAAGUUUUGGACAAAUUGGUACCAGUGAAUGGCGAUUGUUCUCAGUUGAAGCUAGGUUUAGAUGAUGCAAGUUGGAAGCAGCUGGAGAAUGUCCAGUUUGUGUUUCACGCUGCGGCCAGUGUUCGGUUCGAUGAUCCCCUUCAGAAGGCAAUUUUGUUGAAUACUCGAGGCACUCGAGAGGCUUUGGAGUGGGCUUCAACUUUGAAGAAACUCAAAGCGUUCAUACACGUUUCGACCACGUUUAGCAAUUGCGAAUUGGCUGAAAUCGAGGAACGAUUAUAUCCUGCCAAAAUGAACUGGAAAAAAUCCAUUGAACUGGCGGAAACACUCAAUACGGAGGUAUUGGAGGUCCUUUCGGCUAAGUUAUUGGGUGAUUCUCCAAACACCUACACCUAUUCCAAGUCGAUUGCCGAGCACGUGGCCAAUGACUAUGGAAAACGUCUACCGGUUGUUAUCUUUAGGCCUGCGGUCGUUACAAGUGCUGAGAAAGAACCUCUACCAGGAUGGAUUGACAACUUCAACGGACCGGCUGGUCUCGCAGCUGGGUGUGCUUCUGGAGUGCUGCGAACAGGCUGUAUAAACAUGAAAGCUCAUAUCGAUUGUAUUCCAGUGGAUGUUUGUAUCAAGGCAAUUCUGGUGGCUGCCUGGUUGAGAGCUCAUGCUUCUGCUGAAGCUACGAUUCCGGUUCCGGUUUACAAUUGUGCUCCCCACAAACAUAAAUCGGCCUCAUUCUGGUUAAUGGUUGAUGAAGGAAUUCGAUUGAAUGAAAUUUUUCCGGUCUCACGAAUGCUAUGGAAACCAAGUUUUACCAAUUACUGUUGCAUGUCUGCGUACUAUUUGGCAUUUUUCUUGUACCAACUAUUGCCAAGUUUACUGUUUGAUAUUGUGCUUCGAACAACUGGCCACAAACCCAUGUUAAUGAAGUUGCAGAGGAAAAUUUUCCAUGCCGUUGUUACGCUUGGUAGAUUCAAUGCGGAAUGGAUAUUUCAUUCGGAUAAUUAUCACGGAAUGCAGAAGGAAAUUCUGGAGGAGGAUCGCAAACAGUUUGGUCUGGCCUAUAUGAACGAAGGAAUAACACAGUACGGAUUAGUUUGCCAUAAAGGCGGCAGGCGAUAUCUAUUCAAGGAUCCGGAUUCCACCCUGCCGCAAGCUGUGAUCCAAUUCAAUCGGAUGGUUUGGCUUGAUCGAGCUCUCAAACUAAUUUGGUAUGGUGUUUCGAGCAUACUAGUUUACAUUUAUGCGUACCCACUCAUAAAUUGUUACUUAUAAUUGUUAUUUUAUUUUAAAUGUGAGGUAAAAAUGUUAAGAAAAUUUACU